UAAUCAAAUGAGAUAAAGAAAAAACAAAAAUAAAAAGCUAAAGAAGAAAACAAAAUGUUCGGAAAUGAACACUUAUAUGUCAGUUGAAGAGGAGCCUACCAAGUACCAACUACGACAAUUUAGAACACAAACAGCUUGUUAGCCUAAAAUGGCCAUAAGGUCUCUUUCCUGUAAACCCAAAACCUUGUGCUCUCUCUUCCACUUUCUUCUGCAACCCAAACCCCAAAAUCUCCAACCUUUCUCUUCCCGCGCCUCACAGCUCUCAGACCGACCAUUACCAGACCUUGUCAACGAGAUCUCUCGUAUACUCAGCGACCACCGGAACCCCCAUCACGACUUAGAACUUUCUCUCAACACGUUGUCAACACAAAUAUCCACAAGUCUGGUCGAGCAGGUCUUGAAGAGGUGCAACAAUCUGGGGUUCUCAGCUCACAGGUUCUUUCUUUGGGCUAAAAGGAUUCCGGGUUUUGAGCAUAGUGUUGAGAGCUAUCAGAUUUUGGUUGAUAUCUUGGGAAGUAGUAAGCAGUUUGCUAUAUUAUGGGAUUUUCUUAUAGAAAUGAGAGAUUCUUAUUGUUGUGAGAUUCGCCCACAAAUUUUCUGGAUUGUAUUUAGAGCUUAUAGUAGAGCUAAUCUCCCGGAAGAUGCAGUUCGAGCUUUCAAUAGAAUGGUUGAGUUUGGCAUCAAGCCGGGAGUUCAUGAUCUUGAUCAGCUUUUAUAUGUGUUAUGCAAAAGGAAGCACGUGAGGCAUGCCCAGCAAUUUUUUUAUGAAGUUAAGAGUGGGUUCGUCCCGAAUGCAAAAACUUAUAGCAUUUUGAUGAGAGGGUGGGGGGAUAUAGGUGAGUCAAAGGAGGCGCUUAAAUUGUUCGACGAAAUGCUCGAACGAAAAUGUAAUGUAGAUGUGUUAGCCUAUAAUAGUUUGUUGGAGGCUUUGUGCAAAGGUGGGGAUGUGGAUGAAGCAUACAGGAUGUUUCGGGAGAUGCCGUCUAAUGGAGUUGACCCUGAUGCUUGUACUUACUCGAUUUUCAUCCGCACAUAUUGUGAAGCAAAUGAUAUGCAUUCAGCUUUUAGUGUGCUUGAUAGAAUGAGGAGAUAUGAUCUUUUGCCUAAUGUUUAUACUUACAAUUGUAUUAUCAAGAAACUUUGUAAAAAUGAAAGGUCGGAUGAGGCUUACCAACUUUUAGACGAGAUGAUUGAGAGGGGAGUUAGACCCGAUGAUUGGAGUUACAAUGCCAUCCUAGCUUACCAUUGUGAUCAUUGUGAGGUGAAUAGGGCUCUUGGGUUGAUUUCUAGGAUGGAGAAGGAUGAUUGCAUUCCGGAUGGGCAUACCUAUAACAUGGUGCUCAAAUUACUGAUCAGAGUAGGAAGAUUUGAUAGGGCAACUGAAGUUUGGGAAAGAAUGGGGGAGAGAGGAUUUUAUCCUUCAGUUUCAACAUAUGCUGUCAUGGUUCAUGGUUUGUGCAAAAAGAAAGGUAAACUGGAGGAGGCAUGUAAAUACUUUGAAAUGAUGAUUGAUGAAGGAAUGCCACCAUAUACUUCUACGAUUGACAUGUUGAGGAAUCGUCUAUUGGGGUUAGGUUUAUCGGAGCAUAUUGAGAUACUUGCAGAUAAGAUGGGGCGAAGCACUUCUUGUUCAAUACAGGAGCUGGCAAAUAUGAUGAGAGGUAAUAAGGUGUAUAAGACAUUGAAAAAUGAAGAGGCGGAUCUUAAACGCAAGUAAAGAUCAAAGGGCUAUGAUCAGCAUCUUGGAUUUUAUGGAUGAAGUGUUUGUAUUUGUAAGGGAGGGAAAUUUGAUUAAUGGUUCAUGUAGGGAGGGGAAGGUUAAGGAAGCUGAUAAAUUUCUGGAGGCAAGGAAGAGGGGACCAAUGCCAAACAAGUUUAGUUUUAGUCCUCUUAUACAUGCUUAUUGCAGACAAGGGGAGAUCAAAGAGUUUUUACAGAACAACAUGUACUUAAAUCAGCUAGUGUUUUUGAGGGAUUGACUUGAAGAUGUUGAAGAAAAUCCGUAGAAUUGUUCAACUCUUACUUGCUGAGGGAUUUGCAUGGAAAGCUUAGGUAGCAGCUAUGAUGCACAGGAUUUGUGGGACUCUUGGAUGACAACGGUAUUGCUGUCAUUCCCAUUGUAGAAAUGGGAAGUGUGGUAAAACUUCUCUUGCUCAACUUGUCUAUGCAGUUGACAGAAUAGCUACAUAUCUCAAAAAUCGAUUUUGGGUUUCUGUCAGACAUUUUUUAUUUAAACCAGAUUUUCAAAGAGAUGAUACUAUCUCAGAAUAAUCAUAUGUUAUCAACUUUUUCUCCUAGGAUCAACUACAAACCCAUGUUGUAGAUAUUUUUACUUGUUUUCGUUUACUUACCAAAAAUAGAUUUUAACUUGUUUUAGAUGAUAUAUGGACUGAACAUCUAGAAUAGCAGCAACUUGAAAUCAUUUUUAAGUUGAGGGGGCUAGGGAAGUAGGCUUUUGGUGACUAGUCACGUCUCAAAGAUUUAGGAUGUUAUGGGUGCAAAGUCUCCCUAUCAUCUACCGUUUUUAUUUUUCUGAGUCUCUUUCAUCUGACAUGUUUUGAUGAUAAUGAGUCUUGGUCAUUGUUAUAAUUUUGUCGUUAAAGAAGGUGGUUUGCCAGCCAGUGCACACAAAGAUGUAGAAGAAUAUGGAACAGAAAUUUUAAGAAAGUAAAGAAAGGCUUACCUUUGGUGGGUUAAACACAUGGGAUGGGAGGUCUUUUGCAGUGCACUGUUGAUGUUCAAGAAUGGAGAAGGAUCAAUGAAGGAAGUAGAUGAAGAAUCAAAUUCCAAAUCUAAAAGCCACACAAUUUUUUCCU